CGGUCUGCGUAACGUGUUGUGUUUCUGAAGAGCGCUCCGGCACCGCGGCCGGGACGUGCGUGUCUGUACGUGUGAAGCGCAUCAUGGUGUAGGAGGAAGGCGCAGCAGACUGGCCAUACCCGCAUCUAUAGUGGAGCUGCCCCAUCUGUCCGCAGGAAGGCGAGCAGGUGCAGGCUCCUCCGGUCGGACCCUCGACAGCUUGCAGCUCGAUAAUCUCCUCUGACGACAGCGAGGCCGACGUCCCGCCCCGAGGCCUUCCCGCACCCUCACAGACUUCCAGCAGAAGGCGGCCGUUUUGGAACAACUCGACCCUGUUCACAGAAGUUUGGCUCUGGUGUAGGGACGCUGCCUCAGCUUGAGCCUCAAGUGGUCCAGGUGGUGGUCAGCAAUGCCAAAAACCAGCACCUGCAGACAGACAACAUCCUGCCCCAAAUUGCCAACAAAGGAGGUCAAAACAACUGUCAGACACACUUGGAUGAGAGGCCAAAGCCCACUCAGCCGUUCAGCAUGCGGUUUGGUGCAGCAAUAGAUAAAGUGACAUCCUCUCGCAACACCAAGAUUUUUAGCAACAAGCCGGAGAAGGAGAAACCGUCUGAGGGACAAAGGUUACCAAUGUCACCCACAGAGGCAAUGGGCAACUUCCAGGAGCGGCUCACAGAGUUUGAGCUGGAGGAAAUCAAUAACUAUGCGGAGGUCUGGUUCCUGGGCUUGGGCUCCCAGAAAAUCGAGGGUUCUCAAGGAGCGCCGCAGAACUCUGGAUAUGAUGAUGAGCAUGGAAGCUACAUCAGGGUGCUGCAUGACCACGUUGGUUACAGGUUUGAAGUUCUUGAGGUGAUUGGGAAAGGCUCCUUUGGGCAGGUCCUAAAAUGUCUGGAUCACAAGACCAACGAACUUGUAGCCAUUAAGAUGAUACGCAAUAAGAAAAGGUUUCAUCACCAAGCUCUAGUUGAGCUCAAGAUCCUGGAAGUCUUAAAAAAAAAAGACAGAGACAAUCUUCACAAUGUCAUCCACAUGAAGGAGUACUUCUACUUUCGAAAUCAUCUUUGCAUCUCCUUUGAGCUUCUGGGAGUGAACUUGUAUGAGCUCAUCAAAAAAAACAACUUCCAGGGAUUCAGUCUCGCCCUCAUCCGUCGGUUUGCUCAUGCACUUCUCAAGUGCCUGCAGAUGCUGCACAGAGAAAAGAUAAUCCACUGUGACCUCAAGCCGGAGAACAUCCUUCUGUCGCAAAGAGGACCAGGAAACAUCAAGGUGGUUGACUUUGGAUCAAGUUGCUAUGAACAACAAAGGGUGUACACCUACAUCCAGAGUCGUUUCUAUCGCUCUCCAGAGGUUAUCCUGGGCCACCCUUACAGCAUGGCCAUCGACAUGUGGAGUCUGGGCUGCAUCCUUGCCGAGCUCUACACAGGCUAUCCUAUCUUCCCGGGAGAGAGUGAAGUGGAGCAGAUAGCUUGCAUUAUGGAGGUUCUCGGCAUGCCUCCAAAUGAUUUUGUUCAGUCAGCAUCAAGGAAGAAGUUGUUUUUCGACUCUAAAGGGAACCCAAGGAACAUCACCAACAGCAAAGGGAAGAAGCGGAGACCCAGCUCCAAGGAGUUGUCAGCGGCAUUGAAAACCACUGAUCCUCUCUUCCUGGAUUUCAUCAAAGGCUGCUUUGCGUGGGAUCCAACCAAACGCAUGAGUCCUGAUGAGGGGCUACAGCACCAGUGGAUCCUAGAGGGAAAUUUUAACAAAGUCCGACCCAGGAUCGCGCCUACAGUCAAGAACACUUCAGACAGUUCAACCACCAUGGACAGACAAGCUCACAGCAAGCCUGCAGACAGGUUCAGCUCAGGAAGUAACAACUGUGACAAACUAAUGAGGAAUCGUUCAGAAACUGGAUCAAAGAUGGCCUCUGCUGAGCGUCUGCGGCCCAUCGGGGCCUCUGCAGAGGAAGAGGUGUGUGAAAGUGGGGGCAAGCUUUCCACAUAUACCCAGCAGCAAGACGGCAGUGGCGAGAGGUCUGUUCACAUCAUCAUCAAGCCUCGGCAGGGAGCAGGCACAGAAAGUGAAGAUAGUCAGGAAUCGCCUCAGUGUUAGCGUUGGUAUCGUCUAACAGUCAGCGGGAAUUGUGCGGCAUGCAGGACAAGUGAGCGUGGUACUGUUCAAACAAGAUGUCUAAGAAAGUUGCAUUUGUUUGAGCCUCAACAUGGCCAUGUCACUCAAAAAAAUGUCAAAAAGCAACAUGCUAGAGAGUUCAGAGAAACACCUGAGUGUCAUGCUCGAAAGGAGCCGAAGUGGACGCUUUCUACUGCAGAGAAACAAUUCAGAACGCUGAUGUACAGGAGAAACACUGAUCCUAAGCAAAGAGGAACACCUUCUAUUUAUUGUUUUUAGGAAACAGUCAAAGUGUAUUAUUUUUGUCCUGUGAAACCAUGUUUUUUUAGAUGGUGAGCUCAAUUGUCAAUUGUAUUUUUUUAUAAAAGACACCAAAAUGACUGCCACACAAGAAUGAACGUUUAGAUGUCCAUCCCAGCAUCGGGACUCGCUGCCACUAUCUCCUGUAUUAUUUGUUGAAUCCAUCUUUGCUGUGCAUUGAAAACCACAGAUAAACAGGUUACACUUCUCUUAGUUUCCAUCAUGAAUGAGAAAACUUAGCUGAUUUCAAGAGUGCAUGGUUUGAAAAGUCAUCCUAUUUGUUGUUGCUCUUCAUUUUCUCCUGCUUAACAAUUGAUCCUCACUUUCCUUUGAUUAUGGUGAAAGAUUUGAAGGAUUGAGUGCAAUAAAGGCUGAGCCAAAUGUUUUUUUUUCUUUAUUUCUUUUUUAAUUACAGCAACAGAGAAGAAAUCCUCACAUAUGUUUUGAUAGUAAAAUUAUGUUUCUGACAUACAUUUGUGAUCAUUCACUAUUUUCUUUGUUUAUUGUGGAAUAUCUCUGAGCCUGUGUUUAAUAUUUGUUUAAUGAUAUAACUAAUUAAGUAUAAAAUAUGUAUUUGUAACAGAAUUUAUUGUAUAUAUUUAAGCUGUAAUUUCUUAUACAUGUGUACUGCAGAACCCAUUUCAAAAAUUGUUGAGGAUUUAGACAAGGUUUUACUUGUUGUGUUGUUACCAUAUGAAUACAUUUUGUAUGUCUGUGUAAUUCCUACAAUUUUUAUAUUAGAAACAAAAAGAAAAUCAUAUUAUUGAUAGUCUGUGCCUUGCAGUAUUAAUGAUUGUGCACUUUACUAUUAUCUGUGUACAUGUGGAUUAGAAACCUGCUGCAUAGUUACUUGACUAUCCCGCUAGAAUGCCUUUCUAUUUAACAAAAUGAUCAUCAGAUAUAACAUAUUAUAAAGAAACUAUUCAAUCACCUUUUAUAACUGAUUUAUCUUUUUAAGAGCUCUAGUUUAAAUCAAAAAUAGACCUGUUCCCUCACUAUUUGUCAGCUUUCUAACCAGAGAUCCCAAGAUGGAUUGAAGCUGAAAUAUAAAAGUCUUUAUAUGUAUUUUAUGCUGAAAUAAAAUGGUUUUUCCAAAUACAA